AUGGCAGUUCCUCUGGCUCUGAGAUGUUUCGUUCUUUGCUCAAUGCUGGUGCUAAUGCUGUUCGUCGGCGUCGAAGCUGUGGUAGACGAAAAUGAGCUCCAAAUAUUAAGUGUCAAAGAAUCACAGCAGUUACAGGACUUAAACAACUCAACCAUGGCGGAUAGGUCAAACGAGUACGCUGGAGUCAGUCAUGAACAUGCGGUAGACGAUCCAGAAGUGGUGGCUUCCAUGGUUGAUAUUGUCAAAGAAUCACAGCAGUUACAGGACUUAAACAACUCAACCAUGGCGGAUAGGUCAAACGAGUACGCUGGAGUCAGUCAUGAACAUGCGGUAGACGAUCCAGAAGUGGUGGCUUCCAUGGUUGAUAUGUGA